CACUUCGAUUAGUUUGUGUUGUUUUGGUUUCGCAGUGUGUUUUUUGCGAACAUGGAAAAGUAUAUAACCACAUGCGGCUUAAACCUCUGCUUCAGUUGCUUCAUACACUCCGUCAGAGAAACCAAGCAAUUGGUCAAGAAAAAAAAACAUAAAGAAAUAAAAAACCUAUUGGGCGCCACAUUUCAAAAAUUGUGAAAGUGUUUUUUUGUUAAACUUUUGAAUAUUUGAAAAAAAAAUUAAAACUAAAAAUGUUCUGGAAAAUUUCCUCCUCAUCUGUGUUGUGUGUGGUCAGUGUUGUCAUCCUGGUUCUGCUGUGCCUAAACACCCCCAGCACCGAAGCUAAGCCAUGGGAUUUGUAUGAUGAUGUUUCGGAACUCUUCGAUGCCAUGUCUUUGGAUGAUGUGCCCGGGGCCAAGGAAGCCGAGAAACGUCAAACCAAAGAUUUUUGCCGUAUGCCAGCCCGCAAGGGUGUGUGCAGGGCUCUCAUACCACGCUGGAGUUAUGAUGCCCAGAAAAAGGACUGCAUUGAAUUCAAAUUUGGUGGCUGUGAUGGUAAUGACAACAACUUCCCCAGUUACAAGUCCUGCAUGGCCACCUGCCAGGGCAUGUAAGGAGGAGUGUAUAUUUUUAAGUAUUUUUCAAACCGCAAAUUUUAAUUUCAUAAUUUUUAAAAUAUGUGAUAAAUUAAAAAAAAAAAUUAAAAAAAUACAAAUGUUCCUUUUUUGGAGCAUUACCAUUUGAAUGGCCAGAAAAGGUCCCUAGGCUUAAGAAUGUAAUCCCAAACUGUUUGAAAAAUGGAAAUUGGGUUUUGGUUAAUUUAUUUUUUAACUUUAAUUCAAAAAAAUUGUUCUUAUUUCCAUAUUUAUUUGUUUCCAUCUUCUAAGUUUAUAAACAUUUUCAUUUUAGAAAAUUCAAACCCACUACCAAAUCUAUGUUUCCUAUAUUUGUUAGUUUUAAGUUUAUUUUAUUUUUCAGAUAUUAUCAAUGAUAAUAUUGUUUUUAUUGUUUCAAUGUAGAAGCAG